AUGGCAAGUCCAUGGCAAACUUUGGGGCGCUUCGACUUCCAGCCAGAUCCUGGCUAUGUCAGAAACAUGGAGGAGUUCUACACAACGAGCACUGCGAUUGGAAAAUGCCGCCUUGAUACGGUGGGCCACCUGAAGCCCUGCGAUGAUCGGCAUGCUCCAAUCCGACUCUACCGCAGCUAUGGCGAGUGGUUUGAAGCCGGUCUUCAGGCUCCGAUGCCCAACGUGACCCUGGAGACGACGUCGUCUGCAAUCCGAGACGGCGACGGGCCGCGUUCGACGACUUCGUCUGAGGUUUGGCAUGGAUUUUAG